AUGUCAAUACCUGAUGAUGAUUUUAUGGAUACUAUAAAAUAUGCUAAUCCAAAUCAGACCAAUUUAACUAAAGAAGAGAAAGAAUUACAACAAUUACAAUUGGAAAAACAGCAACAACUUUCAAAAAUUAAUCAACAAUUUUUAACGGAUUUAUUUCAAGAUAAUGCAACACAACCAAUUAAGAUCAGAAAUGUACAAUUUGUAAAUGGACAAGCUUUCAGAACUUCAUUUUUGGAAUCACAAUUGAAGCCACUCCUAUCGGGGAAUAUCAUUACUUUACAAAAUUAUCUCAAAAGUGUUGAUACUAUAAAUAAAAAUUUAUUAAAAAUUGGUAUAGUAGAGAAUAUAAGUUGCAACACUCAUGAAAUAAAACCUUCAUUUUAUAGAGCUAAAACUAUGCAACUAAUACCUCAAUUUAUUUCAAUUCCUGUUAAAAAGUUUUUUGCUAAGACCGGUACAAAUAUUGGAAAUGGUGAAGGUGAUGGUUAUAUUCAAUUUCAAAUUAGAAACUUAUUUGAUGGAGGAGAAAACUUAAUAUUUGAUGCUGUAACGGGAACGAAAACUAAAUCUUCGUAUUUGAUAAAUUAUAAUCAACCAAUAAUGAAUAACUGCAACUUAAUUAGUGAGAACAUUUUCAUAACAAACAGUAGAAAUUUAGAUUGGUUUCAGUCUACUUUAACUACUAGAGGUUUUGUAAAUAAAAUCCAAUAUAAUGAAAGUGACUCCAAGUUUUCUCAUGAGUUUACAUUGGAAAAUUAUUGGAAAAUACUAAGUAAUUCCAAUUCUAAAUGUUUUGAAAUUUUACAAUGUAGCGGAUCAAAUUAUAAAUCAUCAAUAGGAUACAAUAUAAACUACUCAACAUUAGAUAAUGUCCAUUUACCAACUAAAGGUCAAUUAUUUCAACUUGGAAUAGAAUAUAAUGGCCUUUUGCCCAAAUUCAAUAAAUUUCCGUAUAUUAAAACUGGUGCAACUUCAACCAUUGCUUAUAAAUUACCUUACUUCACUAAUUCAAGUUUCUUAAAUAAUUUCAAAGCUGGAUUUUUGUAUCCUUUAAAAGAUAAAUCACACAUUUUGGAUCGUUAUUUCAUUGGUGGUCCAAAUGAUAUUAGAGCAUUCAGUUUAAAUGGAAUUGGUCCAAAAGAUAUGAAUAGUUAUAUUGGUGGUGAUUUAUUUUUCAACUCUGGGUUUUCAAUAAUUACAAAUCUACCAUUUGAAAAAUAUAAGGACUCUAGUUUCAAAAUUCACAAUUUCAUCAAUUUUGGAAAACUAACGACUUAUGAGAAAGAUGAAAAUAUAGGCACAAAUUUAUUAAAAUUUGCUGAUUAUAAAGGAUUUUGUGUUAGUACAGGUAUUGGAAUAUUAUUUAAUCAUCCAAUGGCUAGAUUUGAAUUGAAUUUUGUCUUGCCAUUAAUUGUAAAUGAACGGGAUUCAGUAAGAAAAGGUUUUCAAUACGGUAUAGGUGUUUCAUUUUUGUAA